AUGCUUGAAAAAAUCAAAGCACAUAUCGACGAUCUCACUAGCGGACCGACCCCCAAGAUUCCUGGCGUAGUCUGCAUUGCAGUUAACCGCAAGGGAGAUCAGAUAUUCAGUCAUGCAUCUGGACCUACGAAACUUAAUGGUUCAGAGCCAAUGACUCUCGACACAGUUUUUUGGUUGGCUUCAUGCACGAAGUUGCUUACCGGAAUUGCGUGUAUGCAGCUCGUGGAGCAAGGGAGGCUUUCUCUAGACGACCCUGACCAGCUGGACACUAUUGUACCGGAGCUGAAAGACCUGAAGGUCCUGUCAAAAGAUGAAUCAGGCAAUUUCAAACUAGUCGCGCAGAAAAAUCGCAUUACUCUUAGAAUGCUGUUAACCCAUACAUCUGGAUUUGGAUAUGCAUUUGAUAACGAUGAACUUUGCACAUGGGCAAGACCAGUUGGGCUGGACGAUUUUUCAGGGCGACGAGAGGAUGUGUUGUACCGUCCAUUAACCCAGCAACCCGGCAGCGGCUUCACGUAUGGAGUGGGAAUUGACUGGGUUGGGGAAGUCGUUGAGAGAGUCACAAAUGCCUCCCUCGAAGAUUACUUUAAUCGGAACAUCCUCACUCCAAUAGGCGCCGAUGAAAUUAGAUUUUUCCCAGGCUUGAAAAUGAAGGAUCGACUGGCAUACAUGCAUUUUCGCGAUGCGAAUGGUGCACUCAGUGUUCAGGACCAUAUAUGCCGCAACAGCCUACAAUCGAACCCAAAUAUAUCUGGCCACAGAUUUUGUAUGGGAGGCUGUGGUGCUUUUGGAACUCCAUUGCAUUAUACAAAGGUCCUUGCAACUAUUCUGAAUGAUGGUACAUGUCCGAAAACGAAUUAUCAACUUUUAAAACCAGAAACAAUUCAGGAUAUGUUCACGGAUCAUAUCCCCAAGUUUCCCAUACACCGAAAUGAGUUGAGUCAUGCAGCCAAAGCAAAUCUUGCAAAUAGCUGUCCAAUUAUUCCCGAGCCGGGGGACCCGACUGAUGGCUGGGGACUCACAUUUGCAUUAAGCCACGAGGAGAGUCCUACUGGGAGAUCCAAGGGAACGGCAUCAUGGGAGGGAAUAGCAAACUUGUAUUGGUUUGCCGACAGAGAAAAAGGCAUUGCAAUGAUUAUCGCGACGCAGAUUCUACCAUACGGAGAUUUUGAAGUGGUCAGGUUGUACCGCAAGAUUGAGGAGAAUAUCUAUGCGAGUUGCUAG